AUGUCAGACCGUAGCAACAUCCCACCGAGUGCGCGCAACCCUCUCUACGGCGGGCCUUCGAACAAAUCCUUCAACCGCACUCCCUCGUGGGCCUACAAGAACGGCGGAGACGGCGGGGAUGGCAGCGAUCAAGGCUCUCCGACCGCAUCCCCCCUGCGCAGCCACCGCAACGCCUCUCAGUCCCCUUACUACGCGCCACAAUACGAGAAUCCAGGCUACACAGUCGAGACUCCGAGCGCAUACGACCCGUACUUGAUGUCCAGCGGGUCGAUUCACGGCAGCCAUCUGUACCGGCCAACGGAAACCUACUUCGUGCAGACUCCCGCGCAUUCCAUACGCGGUGCGCGCGUGGACGAGUCGCCGGAAUCCUCGGCGCCGUCGUCGCCGCAGCAUCCGGAGGGAUACGCGGAGAUGGGAGGAAAGUUCGGCGAAGAGGCGGUGUUCGACGAUUCGGAUCACGAGGAUGAGUUUUACCCGGACAUGCAGCGGGAGAAGUUCCGCAAGAAGCGCUUCAAGCAGUGCUUCUGCUUGUGGUCGCUGCUGGUCGUCGCGGCGCUCAUCGUCGCGGGAUGCAUUACCGCGUGGGUCGUCUACCAGCCAACGCCGCCCACAUACACCAUGGAUUACGCGAUGGUGAACGAGUUUCAGACGUUUCAAGACAUGCUGGACGGCAACGGGCUGCCCACGGACCAGCUGUACGCCAACCUCACGCUCAUCUUCUCCAUCCGCAACCCCAACACGCGCUAUGUCUCGUGGUUCGACGGCGGUGAAGUGAGCCUCGGCUACAGCUCCAUCAAGAGCAUGAUGAAGGGCCGCUUCCCCAAGUUCAAGCAGAACCAGCUGGAGUGGAACAGUUUCAACGGGUCCGCCUCCACCAUGGCCUUCCCCCUGUACGGCGGGGGCAUGGCGCUGCGCUCCGACAUGGGGGAGCAGUACGUUCCGCUCAGGCUGAACGCCACGCUGCGCGCGCACGUGGACGUGAUCUGGAAGGUCGUUUCGCCGCAGUACACCCAUUUGAUGGAGUGUAUUGUGAACAUUAACCCCCUGGCGCUGCAGUACAUCAACGACACAUGUACUGUGACACAGAUUUGA